CUUUAUCCUAUGAUCAUGGGUGACUCCUCCUCCUCCUCUUCUUCUCCUGCUUCAUACAUUCACAUGGUGCAGCACCUGAUCGAGAAGUGCUUGAUCUUUGACAUGACAAAGGAAGAAUGCAUGGAAGCUCUCUCUAAACAUGCUAACAUAAAUCCAGUUAUAACAUCCACUGUGUGGAAUGAGCUAGAGAAGGAAAACAAGGAAUUCUUUGAGGGAUAUUUGAAGUCGAAGAGUAAAGAGGAGAAGAUCAUGUCGCAAGAAGAGACAACAAGGAUCAUACAGAACAUGAUAUCAGACUCUUCUCAUGAUUCACUUAAUAAUAAUAAUAAUGAAGAAGAUCAACAAUGAACAAAUAAUGUAACAUACCCAUCGAAAACGAUCUCACCUAUUUUCAGUACUAAUUCGCUUUCUCGCAUCUAU